UUAAUCUUCAUGUUAUGAUUCUCUCGUGACCAAAUUAUCGGGCUGAGGUAACUAUGUAGAAUAUGGCUGACCCAGACGACCCAGCUACUGACGGUGGCUUAGCCCAAGCGGUAAAUGAGGAGGUCAUAGUGAGUCUUCCUGCCGUGGCUGCGGCUGUGGCGGCGGCUACAACCAUAUCUACAGGAACGCACAGCUCCACGGCUUCUCAGGCUACCAUAGCCUCCACACUUUCUAGUUCCUCUACAAUGAAUGCUACACCCCCUCCUGAUGGCGAUGAGGUCGGCGAACGGGGGCCAGGGGACGGGAGAGAGGCAGGGCAGGAGGAGCUUCUGGAGAUUAAUAGUGACGAAGAAAAUGAGCAGUCGUCGUCUACAAACGAUGGCACAAAUUCGGCCGACCCUGCUUCUGAGCGCUCGCACACAGUAGUCUCGGAUUCGAGUACUGAUGGCAGUGGCGGAGGUGGCAGUGGCAAUGCGGGCGGACAGGCAUCUGCCCUCUUACCCUGGGGUGCAAGGAAGGAGAGGGCUCAGUUCCCUGCCACAGUCCACGUUGACACAGACUUGCGCCCAGGAGAGUUUGUCAUGCGGACCUUGUUUGCCGAGUUCACAGUCAUGGCUGACAAGAAGAUCGAAGCAGUCAUGCAAGAACCUUUGGAACGUAGUCUAUCUAAGAGCUUGCAGCGAGGUGAAGAUCCAACAUUUGAUCAGCUGUUAUUAGCAUUUGGAUGUGUCGCUGAACAUUGUCUGCCCUCUCUGCUGCGAACCCUCUUCUCCUGGUACGAUCGGCAGGGAGUGGAAUGGGGCGCAACAGACAGCAAAUAUAAACAGGAUCCUAGCAAGAGCAAAGGGGUUGAUGCAGGCUCAAAUGUUGACCGGGAAACUAUACAGGAACGCAGAGACCUUGCGGUGGAAUUCAUAUUUUGUUUAGUGCUCAUUGAAGUGUUGAGACAGUUGGCAGUGCAUCCUGGACAUGAUGACUUGGUGCGCCACAUAGAAGAUAUUGCUUUUAAGCACUUCAAGUAUAGGGAAGGGGUUCAAAAUAAUCCCAACGGUGCCAAUAUCAACACCAUUGCUGACUUGUAUGCCGAGGUCAUUGGUGUCCUGGCACAGUCGCGCUUCCAGUCGGUCAGAAGACGAUUCAUGGCAGAACUGAAAGAGCUGCGGGCAAGAGAACAGUCAUCAGUCACAACGCAAAGCAUUACUUCUCUCUUGAUGGGGAUGAAGUUCUUUAGGGUUAAGAUGGUGCCAAUUGAGGAGUUUGAAGCCUCUUUUCAGUUCAUGCAAGAAUGUGCUCAGUAUUUCUUAGAAGUUCGAGACAAAGAUAUCAAGCAUACCUUGGCUGGGCUUUUUGUGGAGAUUCUGGUUCCAGUUGCCGCUACUGUAAAACAUGAAGUGAAUGUGCCCUGUCUGAAGUACUUUGUGGAGAUGCUGUAUUCUACGACCUUAGACAUGGCAACAAGGAACAAGCACCGCUUACCUAUCUUCCCGCUUGUUACUUGUUUACUGUGUGUAUCACAGAAAACCUUUUUCUUGAGCAACUGGCACUAUUUUCUUGCAAUGUGUCUGCAGCAUCUGAAAAACAGAGAUCCUAAAAUGUCCCGUGUAGCUCUAGAGUCACUGUAUCGCCUGCUGUGGGUCUACAUGAUCAGGAUCAAGUGCGAGAGCAAUUCAGCCACUCACUCUCGACUAGCUAGCAUCGUCAACUCCCUCUUCCCAAAAGGUUCCAAGGGAGUUGUCCCAAGAGAUACUCCACUCAAUAUAUUUGUGAAAAUCAUUCAGUUUAUUGCCCAGGAAAGACUAGACUUCGCAAUGCGGGAAAUCGUCUUUGACCUGCUCUCUGUGGGACGUCAGAUCAAGAUCAUCAUGACCCCAGAGCGCAUGUCUAUUGGCCUGCGAGCUUUCCUGGUUGUGGCAGACAGCCUCCAACAGAAAGAAGGUGACCCCCCGAUGCCGCGCACAGUUGGAGUUCUGCCAUCAGGAAACACCCUGAGGGUCAAGAAGACAUUCCUGAAUAAGAUGUUAACAGAAGACACAGCCAGAAACAUUGGAAUUUCUGCAUACUACCCACUUGUCCGAAAGUCCUUCAAUGAUAUCUUGAAAGCACUUGAUAGCCAGUUUGGAAGACCACUUAUGAUGACAAAUACCCAAAAUGUUAACAAGGAACCUGAUGAAAUGAUCACGGGUGAACGCAAGCCCAAGAUUGACUUGUUCCGAACGUGUGUGGCUGCAGUACCUAGGCUCAUACCAGAUGGGAUGUCUGGCAGAGAUUUAGUGGACAUGCUCAGCCGACUCACGGUUCACAUGGAUGAGGAACUGAGAGCUCUAGCCUUCCAGAGCCUGCAGACUCUUGUUCUGGAUUUCCCAGAGUGGCGGCAUGAUGUUGUAUAUGGUUUUAUCCAGUUUAUUGUCAAAGAAGUAGGGGACACAUCUCCCCAGCUUUUGGACAACGGUGUCAGAAUGUUGCUACAGAUACUCACAGCCUGGAAGAACGCUCUGACAAAUACCAACACUACAUCUAAUGCCAAUAAACGUGAUCCAGGUGUUGGCGAUUUACACCAUCUCCAUCUACACCAGAGAGGAGACCACAGUGAUGUAUUACGCCUGGCUGAAGGCUUUGCAUUAGUACUAUUAUGCAGCUGUCGUCAGGCUCCAAGGAGAGUUUCUGUGGCUAUCAUGAGAGAGGUUAAGCAGCUGGCCAAAGUUUUAGGGGAAGAGGACCCUAUCAACCACCCUGUGAUUGAUGUUAUGGAUAAAUGGUGUGGCUGUGUUGUUGAGAGUGUACUAACACUUUUGCCGGCUGGUGAGAGAUCUGCAGUUGCAGCAACCACAAAUAUUGAUUUACAGUGGCUUGCUGACCGUAGUUCAUCUGUAUGGACAGGAGGCUUUGUAGAAGACAGCAGCGUGAAAAGUGUAAGUGUCCAGCAUCUACCAUGUGAAGAUGUGUGGGCCUUAGUCCUUUGUGGAUUCAUUCACCACGGGCGUGUCCUGUCUUCCUGCCCCCAAGCCAUAAGCCACGCCUGGCCUAUUGUGUACACGAGAGCAAAUUCUCUCUAUUCUAUUGUCGACCCAACACCACCCAAUGACAACCGCGCCUCGCUCCUGCGCAGUGCUACCCAGAUGAAGAAGCCAAUAAGUGAGCGAGAUGUUUACAUGAAUCUCUGGAGGAAUUAUGUUGUCCUUGCUUGUCGUGUUGUUCCAGCCAUUACCAAGACCCCUUUUAUUAGAUGUGCAUCACCCGAUAUUAGUCUUGGAUCUUCCCCAGACAGCGGAGCUGGUGGAGAUAGAGGAAGUGACCGUCAUAAUCCUGGAUAUUCAGUGUCUCCACUCUGCCUGUAUAAGCUCUUGGUGCCUCUCUUGCGCUAUGAAAGCACUGACAUGAGAGAUGCUGUUACUCUAGCUCUGGGGAAGAUCAAUCACAUUGCUUUAAGUGAUUUAAUGGAGGAGCUGCUGCCAUACAUCCGUGAAAGUAUUGACAGAAAGCAGGAAAACAUGCGGCGAAGGAAGAGACGAGAUGCUCUGAGAGUGACUUUAGUAAAGUUAUUUGAAAUGAGUGCAGAGCAAGGAACAUUUGCUCUGAGUGAAAGUGUCAUUGAUGGUGAUACGGGAUCUCUUCAGAAGCGCUAUCUAGAAUACAUGGAUGGAGCCCGUCUGUACUUGGAGAAUGAAAAUGAUAAAGAUAACACACUACAGCAGAUUAAAACGCAUUUUUGUCACUUUGUUCGAAAGCUUAUCGGCAGUUUUUCAUUGGAACAGCGGCAAACCCUCAUUCCACGAGCACUUAGGAAGGACCUGUUUUACCUCUUUGCGUCAUGGAGCGGUGUCUUUGGUGCUCCGUUUGGCUUCAAGAGCCCAGACUCUGGAAACCGCCUGCCGUCAGAAUUCGAGCUGUGUGCGCUCCAUGCAUCCAGUGCUGUGCUUUGCUGCGGCCCGUCUUUCGACCCUCAAUUACUGGCCGAUGAUGGUAACAUUUAUCAGUGGCUCGAUGCUCUUCUAGGGUCACAUGACGAAAAGAUAAAAAGCAAGAUCUACGCCCUGGCCCAGGAGACGAUCGUUCUACUGCUGGAGUUCAACCCCGAUUCGGGCGCCGUGCUCGACUGGGUGGUCGACCGAUGCUACACCGCCACGCCCGAGGUGGCCGAUGGCUGCUUCAACGCCCUCGCCACUAUAUUCUCCGCCAGGUGA